CAUUUGGCCGCCGACCCUUUAACAGGAAUAGUCAAAGAAGUUGACAAAAUGAAGAAAAUCGUCGGAUUCAUUAUUUGCAGCCUAUUCUCCGUUUACGCCGUCGAUAUACCGAUAAAUCCACAAAUUGAUGACGGUCAAUACAUUGGUUUUCCAUUCGAUUUCGAGGCAAAAUUAAACAAUGAUGCCGUUGAUAGAACUAUUUUUCUUUUUAAUAAGAAAAAAUUGCCGGAAGGUAGGAUCGAUGAGAUUUACGCUAAUUUCAUAUCGGAACACAGGAUCGAAUUCCAAGUCUGGAGAGCGACAGGAAAGAAAGAUGGUCAAAGUUCACUUAUUGGUCAGUUUGCCUAUAAACCCACUAAGCUCGGAAGGGUUGUAAUAAGAUUAACGAAUAAAAUCUACUGUAAAGAUGGUGACAUGUUAGCCUUUCUAACACCGGAUAAAAGCUGUCCAUUGGGCUAUAAAUUGUCAACGGCUUACGAUGGAUGCUUUUUACAUUUCUAUACAAAAGAUAAUAAACCAAAAGUGAACGAUACCAUUGAUUUUGAUAUAUUGAAAUUACCUUACACAUUUUCAUUUGGGGUUGGCGUACGUCAAGUUUCAACAGGAACUACGAUAGCCGGUACUUCGGAUAAAAUCACUAAAAAUUCACAACAUUCAACAACUUCACUUUUAACGCCUGAGAAAACACCUAAGCGUAGUACGAAAUCUAUUAGGCCUACUAGUUCAAAGUCUUCAACAAUCUCAUUGACGACCAAAAAGCCUGUAUCAAUGCCUCGUUCUACAAUUCGGUCGAUUGGCCAAAGUACUAGAGCUAGUGCGGGGGCCAACGAGAGAAUUUUAGGGGAGAUUAAAGUCGAACAGAAUAUUCAACCUUUGCCAGAAGGAUCCCAAAUGUUUCUCUUCUCUGACUUGAAAUUUCCAACAAGUGGGAUUAUAACGUCGUUUUGGAUGCAAUUUAUUAAUAAAGGGGUUGUUAUGUUUCAAAUAUGGCGACCAAACUCCAAUCAAACAGGGGCAAGAAGAAACUAUACACUUGUUUAUUCGUAUACAUAUAAUGUUAAUAAAAUUGGUUCAACAUUAGUGGCAUUAAAUGAAAGAUGGGAAGUUAAAAAAGGCGAUACCGUAGGUGUUGCAAAUCCAAAUGAGAAAGGAGUUUAUGGAUAUACCUUUGAUAUUUCGAACGCCGAUAAUCUAUACUAUUUAGAAUAUCAAAAAACUGAAAUAGGAGAAAACGUUAUCUUUCCAAAAUCAAAUUUACCGUACAGAAUCACUUUGGCUAUUAAAUAUCAAUCUGAUGACCUACAUGUAACUAAACCCUCUCACCCAACAAAGACACAAGAUCAUAGAGCCAGCAUUUUAAGUGAAAGCUCCCCAAAAGGUAACCUAACUUAUCCUAAUUUAUUCAAACUUAUAGGCGAAGGCUUAUAAAAAGGACAAAAUUUCCUUUUAUUUAAGGUAAUACAGCAACCGAAAGUAAUGAACGUACGCCAACGAAAUCUAGAACAACCAAUAAACCUUCAAAUCAACAACCUGUUAAGAGUUCCAGUGACAAUGAAAACUGGUGGAAUAAAGAAAUUUAUCAUAUUAUCAUCUUAGUACUGUUAUCACUGAUGUUUCUCCUUUUAUUUAUUAUAUGCUGUACUGCGUGUUAUAAGAAGCAACGUACCGGAGAAUCGUUUAAAGUAUAUGAAACUAAUACGAGGUAAUAUUAUAAAUUUAUUUUUGCCAUUCAAGUAAUUAUGUUACGCCAUCUACCUGUUUGAUUGAAUAGACUUAUUAUUGUUUACUAUUUAUCAUUAUAUUACUAUUAUUAUUAUUAUUAUUAUGAUUUGAUAUUAGUAGCAUUUGAUUGUAUUUGAUUUGAUGAAUAUGUUUUAUUGACAAAAAACUGUUUAAAAGAUAACAUAAAAGGAAUAAGAACAUUCUUUAUUAUACUUUGUUGAAAUAUAGCUAAAUGAAAAGAAGACAAAAAAAAGUAGUGCUAUCUGGUGCUAAGUUACUAAAGUAUCUUGUACUUUGUUGGAAAAUGAGUAAUUCUUAGGAAAAGAGUUCUAUUGUUAUUACAAAGAACGGUAAAUCAACAGAGGUCGAUGGCAAAAGUCAAAGAGUCGUUCAUCUAUAGUAAUCUGAUGAAAAUUCGUUGACCUAUUUCACAUACAGUUAUGCAAAUGAACUAUUGUUUUUAGCUGUUUUUCUUCUAUUAGACAUAGAUCAUCGACGGCUUUAAAUCAUGAUGAAUGGAUGAACGCAAUUAAUGAAGCUGAAAGUAAUUAUCAAUAUAGAAGGGAAGAUCGUCUAAAAUCGGAUAGACUGGCUAAAACGGCAUCCGUAACUUCCAAAGAUGCUAUAAUUCCUCACGAACAUACCGUCGAAUGACAUUUACCACUUGGAAGAUUGAUCUGUACACUUAUAUCUUCAUUCAUCUUCAUCUCAAUAUAUAUUACCAAUUUAAAAAAGAAGAAUAGCGCCAUCUUUCGUUACGAGAUUGUUUACAAGAAUGUUGUUUGGCAAGGAAUGAUGGUUAUGUUUAUUGUCUCCACGAUUUCAUUUGGAAAACGUUAAAAUACUGUCAAGCCCACUUGGAAGGAAGAAAACUUUUAAAGAGCAAUAGAUGGCGUUUUAUUAAGCAAAAACCUAUAAACAUUUUGGUAUAGUUAUUGUUACUUAAAAGGAAAAAAAAAUGCAGGGAUCUUAUAUUCCAAACGGUAUCUUAUUGCAUUUGUUUAUAAAAAUUAACAAAAAUUUCCUUUAUCCUGCUUAUAGAAAUACACUAAUAAUCGUUCAAAUAUCAAUAAGCAAAAUAUUCAAUUUAUCUAUAUUCAACAAAUAGGAACAUAAUAAUUUCAUUAAUAUCCGUUAGACGGCGGUUUAUAGGACUAAAAGUAGGAACACAAAUGUUUUUGGGGUAUUUCAUAACUAUAUAUCUAUUUAAUUGAAUAAAUGUAUAAAUGUAUUAUAAAGUAUAUUACUUGUCGAAAUGGUAUAAGCUAAUUGUCGUAAUUUUUACAAAACAAUUACCAACUUUUCAGCGUUUACUUAAGAUAAUCUAUUCUCUUUCCAAGUAUAUUUAUG